CACACACUCCCAACUCACAAGAAGAAACAAAGACCUUCAAUUCACACUAUUUCUAGGGUUUUCUUUCUCUCUACUUCUUCAUGAAAUGCCAUAAUAUUACUUCCUCUUGACUUUCAUGAUUGUAUUAAGUUUUCACUAUGAGUGGCACACCUAAGAGAUCUCAUGAAGAUACUCUUCAUCCAUCGUCAAAGCAUCCCCACGAUGAUUCAAGUACAUAUUCCAAGUUGGUUUCAACUUCAAAUGAAUACCAUGUGCCUUAUGAUAUAGGUCAGGAUUCCCGUGCUGCAAAAGCGCCCCGGACAGAAUUCCGUGAUGUUGAUAGAAAAUCUCCUCUUCCUUCAGUGUAUCGGAUUACAUCACUAUCAAAUGAUUCUCAUCCGGAUCAUCCACUUGGUAUUGAGAACAAGAUAGAGUCAAGGGAUUCUAAGGACAACAGAGAUUUCCGAUUUGAAAAUCGUGAUUCAAAGAUAGAGAAGAAGGAUUUACAUGUCGAAGCUAGAAGGGAUGCUCAGAGUGCUAAGAGUGAAAAAGAUUUGCGUGUUGAGGGUAGAGGGGAUGACAAUAAGGAUGUCAAAUAUGACCGGGAGAGUCAUAAUGAAUCAAAAGGUGACAAGACAGAAAAGGAUGGCUAUGGUGUGGUUAGCAGCCAUUUGAAUUGGAAGGAAUCAAAAGAUUACCAUAGGGGAAAACGAUAUUCAGAUUCACCUAGUCGUAGUUUGGAGACUUGGCAAAUGCCACGUAGCAAUUCACAAGGACCACUUGAGGCUCGAAAGGAGAGUUCAAUAACAAAAGAAAGGGACUACGUGGAAGCUCACGAGGCUAUUGGGGAGAACAAAGUAGACUCUAAAGGUGAUGAUAGAUCUAAAGAAAAAGAUAGGAAAGGCAAGGAUGUGAAGCAUCGGGAAUGGGGAGAGAAGGAAAAAGAAAGAAACGAUCGUAGAAGCAGUGCAGACGUUAGCAAUACAAGUGGUGAUGGUAAAGAAUCCGCCAAGGAAGACAAAGAUGUAGAAAGGUCGGAAAAAGAGAAAAAAGAUCAUCCAAAAGAGAGAGAAAAUUCAAAAGAAAGGGAAAAGGAUCAGAUCAAGAAAGACUCAUUGAAUGGAAUGGAUAAAGAGGUUCCAAAUAAUGAGAAGGAACUUGGGGAUGGAUCGGUUAAAUUGCCAGAACAAGAAACUGUGUUACCAGACCAGAAGAAACAAAAAGAUGCUGAUAGCUGGAAAAAUGUUGAUCGUGAAGCGAAAGAGAAAAAAAAGGAGAGAGAUGCUGAUUCAGAAGGUGAUAAGCCGGAUAGACCUGAAAAGCGAAAUAGAGGCUUUGACAAGGAAUCAGAUGAUGGCUGUGCUGAUGUGGAAGGGGCUAUAGAGAAGGAGAAGGAGAAGGAACCCUAUAAUUUCACUGCCCAGCAACGCAGAAGGAUACAACGAUCUAGGGGGAGUCCUCAUGUGCCUAACCGAGAGCCUCGUUUCAGAUCCCGUUCCGCAGACAAUGAUGGGUCUCAAGGUAAAGUAGAGGUUUCAUCUGUUGUUUAUAAGGUUGGUGAUAGUAUGCAAGAGCUGAUAAAACUGUGGGAGGAAUAUAAAUCAUCCGUGUCUCAACUGGAGAAAAAUGGUGAAAGUUCUAGUAAUGGGCCAACUUUGGAAAUUUGUAUACCUUCUGAUUAUGUUACUGCUACAAAUCGUCAAGUCAGAGGUGGCCAGCUUUGGGGGACCGAUGUAUACACAUAUGACUCGGAUCUUGUUGCUGUUCUCAUGCACACAGGUUACUGUCGCCCAACAGCUUCUCCGCCUCAUGCAGCCAUACAAGAGUUGCGUGCAACCAUCCGAGUGCUUCCUCCACAAGAUUGCUAUACCUCCACAUUGAGAAACAAUGUAAGAUCCCGAGCUUGGGGUGCAGCAAUUGGUUGUAGUUAUCGAGUUGAACGGUGUUGCAUUGUGAAGAAAGGGGGUGGAACUAUAGAUCUUGAACCUUGCCUUACCUAUACUUCAACCAUUGAGCCCACCCUUGCUCCGGUGGCUGUUGAACGGACAAUAACUACCAGGGCAGCAGCUUCGAAUGCCUUGCGACAGCAAAGAUUUGUUCGAGAAGUCACAAUACAGUACAACCUCUGCAAUGAGCCCUGGACCAAAUAUAGCAUAAGCAUUGUUGCUGACAAAGGUCUUAAAAAGCCACUCUACACAUCUGCUCGUUUGAAGAAGGGGGAAGUCUUGUAUUUGGAGACACAUUUUUAUAGAUAUGAGCUUUGUUUUUCUGGAGAGAAAAUGGUCAAGGCUACACCAACAACUCCAUUGCGCGACACAGGAACAGAGAAGUCUCAGAAUCACCACCACCACCACUCUGCGAAUGGUGAAAAACAUGAUGGUGAUAAUGUCAUGAUUGAGGCAUUCCGUUGGUCUCGUUGUAAGAAGCCUCUGCCCCAGAAGGUGAUGCGCACCAUUGGCAUCCCUCUGCCCCCUGAACAUGUUGAGGUACUGGAGGAUAAUUUGGACUGGGAAGAUGUGCAAUGGUCACAAACUGGUGUAUGGAUUGCAGGAAAGGAAUAUACACUUGCAAGGGCGCAUUUCUUGUCAAUGAAUUAGUUCUAUUUUACCCACGAAUGGAUUAGUUCAUUACUAAUUUCUUAUUAUUUAUUUUAUGGAUAUUGUGUUGGGUUGAUGUAAUAGGUUUAUUCACGUACCUUGAGAUAUUGUCUUCUCUUUUCUUGUAACUAAA